GGAAAUUUCAUUUGUCAGAUGAGAAAUAUUAAAAAUACUACACUUUGUGUAUUUAAAUUAUUGCUGCAAUCAGGAUAAAUCAUGCUAAAAAAUGGAUGUUUCCGGUAAAAAGGCAUCGAAAAAGUUCUCAUCUACAAUAUCUCAAAGCGGUGCAGAAGAUUUCGACAUUUAUUGUGAAAUAUGUGAUAGAGCUAAUAUCAGGCUUUCUGCCUUUGGUUAUUGUGUAGAUUGUGAGGAACACUUAUGUCAAUCUUGUUUCAACAUUCACAGACGACCAAAACCACUACGCCAUCACCAACUUUUAGAUAAAGAUCACAUGCCGAAAAAACAAAAACUCCAUAGGUCAUUAACAUCUACUUCUAGUCCACAGACUGGUGAUCUUACAGAGCAUUGUACAAAACACACCAAAGAAGUGAUCAAAUUCUACUGUCAUGACCAUAAUGCUCUUAUAUGUAGUGUUUGUGUGACCCUUGAACAUACACCAAUAUUCUGCCAUGUGGACUACAUACCUGACAUAUCAGGACAGGUUUUAAACAGCAGCAAGUUCAAAAACGCUCUGAAAUAUAUUGAUAAAUUGAGAAACAAAUGCUCCCUACUUACAAGUAACCUGAAACAAAGAGUUGCUACAUCAACAACUUCUCUUGGAGAUGCUAUAGCAGAAAUAGAAAACUUUAGAAAAGAGAUAAACAAGAGAUUAGAUGACAUAGAAAAGGAAGUUAAGGAUACUGCUGCAAUAAUCCAACAAGACAACAACAAAAAGUUGAGAACAACAGAAACAACAUGUAAUGACAUUGAAAAGGCACUUAAAGCAUCAGCUGAUACUUUAAUACAUCUCAAUGCAAACAGGAAACCUGACCAACUGUUAACCGAACUCAAGAGAGCUAAGCAACUGAUUCAAGAUAAUAACAAUAUAAUAUCACUACUACCAACAAUCAAUGAUAUUGAUGAGUACAUCUUUGAACCAAAUGAAUUUAUCAAUAAAGUUUUACAAGAUGAGAAAUCAUUAGGAACAUUAAAAAGUAAGACGCUAAAGCAGCAAGCUGAACCAAAGAAUCAAGGUGCUAUAGCAAUGAAAAUGUCUACUUCAAGAAACAUUAAUAUAAAAACAUCAUCAGAUAAAAAUGACUGCUGCAUCACUGGUAUAACUGCUUGUCCUCAAAAUCAGUUAUUUGCAGCAGAUCUUCUUAAUCAAUCUAUCAAAAUGAUAGACAUCAAUAGUGGAGCUAUCAAACAAUUACCACUCAAAUCAGCACCCUCUGAUGUCACCUUAGUCACUACAGACAUAAUUGCUGUUACUUUACCAUUUAGUAAAACAAUACAGUUCGUUUCCUUCUCCCCAGACUCACUCUCACUAAAGAACAAACUGAAGGUAGAUGGGCACUGUUAUGGUAUCAGUCAUCAUCAGGGAAAACUUGCAGUUACAUUUACAGAACCUGCUAAACUACAGAUCAUGAGUCUGAAAGGUAAUCCUGAAUUUACAGUUCAAAAAGAUUCCAACGAUGACAAUAUUUUCAGCUAUCCUUGGUAUGUUACAACGAACAGUGAUUCGAUCUAUGUAUCUGACAAUGGCAAUGAUUCAAUUCUACGAUUUAACUGGCAGGGAGAGAUGAUAGGACUGGUAGGUAUAAAAUGUCCAAGUGAUAUAACACUGUUACAUGAUGGGUCUCUCUUAGUGAAUGAUAGAUACAGUAAAUGUAUAUACAUGUAUAAAGAAAGUGAUGACUCAUUAGACUUUGAAAACAUACUGGAGGAUGUAGAUAGUCAUUGUGCAUUAUGUUGGUGUUCAGAAACAAGUACACUUUGUGUUAGUAGAUUUAAGAAACGUAGUAAUAACAAUUACAUCAAAUUGUAUAAAAUGCUGUAAAAAGAAUUAUGUAACAGACAUGUGACAUGUCACUAACAAUGGUAUAAACACAUCAGAUCAUCAUUAGCCAUUCAGUAUUUUAUUAUAGAUAUUAUUGUAACAUAAUGAUAUCACAUAUAACUUGAGUUUUGUCGAUCUAUAGAUGUACAGAUGUAUUAUUAUUUUUGUUUUAUUUAUAUAGUUAAAUCGCGAUCAUUUAUAGCAGAAUACGAUAAAACAUAAUGCAGAAUACAUUAUGUUUGACAAUUAAGUGCAAAAAAUAAAGAACAUGUAAAUUGUACACAUAUUAACAUAUCUGUAUUCUGCACAUUUCCAGACAUUUUUAUUUUACAUGUAUUUUCAUUAUUUUAACAUAAAUUUGAAGGUGAAAUUAUUCUUCAUUUAUCAACUGUUUGAAUUUGAUGUGAUAUAAAAGAUAAUUAUUUUUUUAUUGAUGUGUUGAUACACAGCAGUUAAUUUCUACAAACAUAAAAAAGAUACUAAGUUAAUAUGAAAGGAAAGAAGAACAACAUGUCAAAACACCGGAGUAUGUCAAAGACACUUUAUCCAUCGGCCGGUUUCGUUCAAACAAUGACCUUCAUCAGGAUAAUAUAAUUUCAAUAUAAAGAGUCAGCCCAAAGGUACACAAAAAGUGGAAGCAAAAUAUCAAAUGACUUAGGAAAAUUAUUACUAUUUUUUAGAAUAAAUCUGGAUUUAAAUUUGCCAAAUAAGAAGAUGUAAUAUUAAUAUUAAUGUGAAUUUGUGAAAAUCAUAGAUUAAGUAAUAGCAAAAGAAGAAAUGGACAAUAAAUGCAUAGCACAUUAAUGUUAAUUACAUAUUACAUAUACAGUUUUGUAUAUUAU